CGGGACUGAUGGCAACGGCCAGGCGUCUAGGCUUUUCCCACUCUUGCUAGCCAUAUGUGCUGCAUCCAUAUGACGUAUCGACCUAUGACCCUACCCACACACCUGAUGCAUGUCCUCAGUGAGAGUCAAUGGCAUACUGAUUGAUCUGGGUACUGAACGUGCAAGCUUCAAAAUACCACACCACAAUUGGAGACAUACUGUCUGUCGGGCGAGAGCGGCUGAGGGGCUGAGACACGCUUCUCCACACACAUUCGAUCAUUACGAAAAAUAGCGCGACGUCGGGAAGAGAACAAGCGAAGCCAUACAUAUAUACGUCGAAACCAUAUGUAACUACUGAGAAAGAGACAGCCCGCCCGCCCAACUGGGGCGGGCUGAGCGCGUAUGCUUGAGCUCCCACAGCCAAUCACAAACCCGCGGUUGGUUGAGCCAGCUAGCUAGCCAGCCUGUCCACCCGAGACAGCGAGAAAGCAGACGUCCUUUGCCGUCGGCCACUCGGGUGGGUGCCUGAGAGCUGUCUGUCACAUUAUCCUGGCUGGCGACAAAUAUAGAUAGAUGAGAAACUCAUAUCUAGGCGGCCGGAGAACUACAGAACGACCGGAGAGCUACAGAUAGGUAGACAGAGGCAUCCAUCGGCCUAUACGACGUACUUCCAUAAACAGGACGGCAGCAAACACACUCAUAGACACACACGCAUAGACGCACAAUCAGAUUGGUCCGUAGACGGGCGGCUGGUAGGCGGUCAGCACAGGCACAAGGGCGUAGUUGAGGGUGUCCGUCACGCCGUUGACCGUCGCAUACGGAACGAACAGGGGCUCACACGCACCCGUGUGCUCAAACAGGAUCACCGACUGACACACACACACACACACACACACAGAGGAGGGACAGAGGACAAGGACAUACCGACAGGCCCGAAUACUACUUCUGUCUGUCUGUCUGUCUGUCUGCCUGUCUGCCUGUCUGUGUCGGUUACGUAUUCGCAGGGGCCGGUUUCGCAGAAGAGGCCGAUGGUGACGGGGGUCGAGCCGUCGAAGCCGUCCGUCGCGAUGGCCGCAGCGUCCUCAUACACGCCAGCAAUCGGCGCAUUGGCGCUGGUCACGAAAUCCCUGAAGAUAGACAGGCACAAUAGAGACAGCCAUCUCCCUCUGUCUCUCCCACUCUCCCUGUCUCCGUCUCCCGUGUCUGAAUGUAAUGUGUGUUGGUGCGUGUGGACCUCACUGUGUGGCCUCGUCGAAUAUGAUGAGGUCGACAUUGCCCGAUAGCGACUGCACCGCCGCCACGAGGAAAGCGGCCAGGUCGUAGAUCGCGAAGGCGUCCUGGAUUGUCAGCGUCACAAUCUCCUCUUCAGCAAGGUAACCUAUCUCCUCAUCGACGAAACCUGUAUCGCAAGCCCGCCCACCGACAGCGAUCUCGUCUUAUCUGUCGGCCCUCCCUCCAUCCCUCCCUCCCUCACACAGGAAUGCACCUACCCGGGCAGGGGGGCACGGUUUGUGUGGGGUCAGGGACGGGAGCAGGCCCAGGGACCGGGGCGGGCUGGGGAGCUGGCUGGACUGGUUGGACUGGCUGGACUGGCUGGACGGGCUGGACGGGCUGAGGGUACUGAGGCGGCACCGCACCGGGGGGUGGUUGACGAUCUGCGCAAACAGAAACACCCGCGCAUAGAUGACCCGCAUGCAUCGGGCGUGAAAGCAUAUUGGAUGCAGCUCAGCAGCCCGGUGCACGUGAUGUGUUGAGACUCACUCGCCACGGACAGCCUGCUGCCGAUUCCCUCGCUCUCUUCGUCUGCGUCGUCGUCGCCGUUGUCGUCCCCAUCAUCGAUGUCUGUCACGUUCAUGUCAUCGAUCAUGUCGGUGAGGUCAUCGAUCAUGUCUGUCAUGUCAUCAAUAUCGUCCUGCAGGUCGUCCACGUCAUCACUCAGGUCAUCCUGACGACACAGAACAGAAGAGGCAGACAGACAGGUCAGAGAAAGAGGGAACAAUAGCUUCUCGUCUCUGUCUCACCACGUCAUCGGCGGCGUCAUCGACGUCAUCCGCCACGUCAUCUGCCACGUCAUCUGCCACGUCGUCGACGUCAUCGUCAGGCGGGGCGUCCUCUGGGGGCGGCUGUGGGCGGCGCUUGUAGUACCCUCCAUGACGCGCACGGUCGUCUGCAUGACCACACACAACACACUCAGCCAAAGGUCGCCCACACCGUGUCGUCCGUCGCCUGAUCUAGUGUGGCGGCUCACCUGCCUCACUCUCGUCCGCAUAUUGGUCGUCGCCGUCAUCAUAGUCGGUGGUGUUCUUGUCAGGGGGGUAGUAGAUCCCUCCGCCGCCCCUGCGGCGGCCCUUGUUGAUGGUGAGGGUGCCGUGACCGUGCUUCAUGAUGUCCACCCCGCCGCCCAUGUCCUCGAGCAGUGUCUUGAGCUGCAGGAACCGCUCCAGCACCAUCUCCAGCUCGGCUGAUUUCUCCUCCUUCGGCCCGGGGACGUUGUCGAUGUAGUGGCGGCCGCCAGCCUUUCUGUCAUCCCGUCCUUUGCCAUUGUCGGGGCGGUUGUCGGGUCGGUCGACGGGCCGCUGGCGCUCGUGUGUGUCCACGUCUGAAUCGCGGUUCAGGAAUCCGAACAGGUCGGGGAGACCGGCCGAGCAGAGUGCCAGGCAGCUGAGAAUGGUGCAGAGGGAUAGGAGGCGGAAUGCCGUACGUGGGAAGGAAGAAGCCAUGCCGGCACACAGGAGACGAUUAGUUCGACCUUCAGGGAGAUUUUCUGUGUGUACGGUACGUGUGCGGUACGCAUUUGUGGCCAUGGCAACGAACGGACAUAAACGGCCAAUGAUUGAUGCAGGCGACCACGCAGCAGGCAGUGCGUCGGUCAGUCACCGCACGGAAACAUGCAGUAAGAUGAAAACGCGUACGCGAAGUCCAUCCACGGUGACGAGACGCAAAAAGCCCUCAUGCAUCGUCCGUCCAUGUAGACGCCAUUCACGAGCCCACCACACCACCUGUGCGCCUCUGGCCUGCCUGAGCACGGACACGCUCAUCCACCCACUAAUAUUAGUAUUCACACUGAAG